CCUGAACUUGCUUCACGAAUAUUUGCCGAGACGAGGGAGGAUGGAGGAUGGGGUGUCCCAUACACGUAUGACCACCCCUUGUAGUAAUUUUUUCCUUCGGUGACGGAAACAGCCCUUCAUUCUGACAUCCCGAAUCGAAAUAAUAUUUUCUCUCUCAUUCGAUCAAAACUUCAGAAAAAAAUAUCACUUUGAUAUAUAAAGAAAAAAAAUCGAAAAGUUCCGAAUAUAUCCCUUAAAUUCUCGUUGUAUAUCGUAAUAUGCAGUUCAUGUAUUACGACUCGAAUCCUACGUGUGAUAUUAACAAAAUACGAUAAGAUCUGCUCGGCUGUGGGUUUAACCUGCAUGCCGAUGGCAAUCUGUACACGUCAGAUUCUUUUCCAUCGUUAUCAAAGAGAUCGAUUUGAUGUUGCCAUGGAUGCGAGAUCAGAUCGCGGAAGCCUGGCAUAGCAGAAAGAGCUCGAGAAGUCCGGGCGAAAGACGUUCCGGAAGUGGAAAAAACAACAAUAGCGACAAAUCGAGUAACGGCGGAAACUCGGAGGGAAGCGGCAGCAGAGACGAAACAGGGAUGUUUCUCCCCGCUGCCGCCUCGUCCGAGACAUUUUCCGUCAAUGUCAUCAGUCUUGAAGGUGGUGUGCUCGGUGUUAACGUUAAACCAAAUUUUACGGUUCAGAGGGUAAAAAACAUCGCAACGAAACAUUUUUAUGGAUAUCAAGAUACGAUCUCGAAACAAUCGACAUCAACUUCGAAUCCUGUUUCGAAAUAUCGUCUCGUCCACGCGGCCGGACGCAAGCAAUUGUCAGAUGAACAAAUUAUCGGUGAUGAAGAUAUAAAAUCAGCCGACGAGCUUAUACUGGUAGAAAUUCGUCCACUCGCAAACCGCGAGAACCUUACUGAAGAAUCUUUCAGAGGGCCAAAUCAGGAGGCAAUUGAUCGCGUGACAGCCCAUCUUCCACUUCACAAUCCUCCGCGAACUGUGCCAUCCACGGCAUGUCCGACAGACUUUCAAAGUGAAUUCCGCAAAAUUUUAAUAACCCUUGUGCAAGCCUCGGCAAGAAUACUUACGAACAGCAAGGAUGCUACAAAAGUGUACGAAGUCAUUCGAGAAAAAUUGGAACUACGUUGCAAGCCGCCCAACGAUCCUAAAACCGUUAAAUAUCUAGUCGACAUGGGAUUUUCGGAAAAAAAAGUGCUGAAAGCUUUACACCUCCGAAAAAUGAAUACUUCUGAGGCACUUGAGUGGCUGAUCGAGCAUCAAGAUGAUCCCGAUGAAGAAGACAUUGAACUUCCGCCCCUAGAAAAUUCUGAAAUUGUACAUAAUGAAGAAAAUGGAAUUCCUGGACCGAGUUCGUCUCCGGGUGUGGCUGGUGGCACGAGACGAAAGUCUUUGAAGGAAGCUUGUGUCGAUCUCUUUAAAGGUCCGAAAGUUGGAGCAAAAAAAGAGCCUAAUUUAGUUAAGGUUGUUGCCCUUUUGCUGGAAAGCUUUAGACAGUACAAAAAACUAGAUUUUAAACCCAGUCAGAGAAUUAAACAGUCUCUCAUAGAUAUGGGAUUCGAAGAGAAAAAAGUUGUUGAAGCUCUUAAAGUGACUGGGAACGAUCAAUCGAAUGCUUGCGAGUGGUUAUUGGGAGAAAGAAGACCCAGUCUUCAAGAUGUCGAUGGUGGCUUGGACCCGGAAGGACCGAUUUAUGAAGCAAUUAUGAACAAUCCGCACAUCCAGCUGAGUCUCACAAAUCCAAAAAUGCUUCUUGCCUACUUGUCAAUAUUGGAAACUCCAUCGACCGCGAACGUUUGGAUAAACGAUCCAGAAAUUUCACCGGUUCUAAGUCAAAUAUUUAAAACUUAUCAUGCUGAAAAACACGCAGUACAGAUGAAUCGUUACGAAAGCACGCCCAGCUAACGUUUCAUCGCAUUCGCUGUAUUCAUUCGACUUAUAUAUAAUUGGGAAAUUUCUUCGCGUCCCCAUCUCGCAUGGCUCGGAUUGUAUAUAUACAAACAUAUAUCAAACGAAUCAGCUUUUAGUCACAAUAACAAUAUUUUCAUAAAAAUUUACAAGUGAAGAAAUGACCCGCUUGAGUGAUCGACAACGCUUGUUAUUUUUCAAGAAGACAUUUUUUGCUUCAAGCUAUAUAUGUAUAUACAAAUGAAUAUUUAUAUAUACAUAGUCCAGCAAUGUCGUAAAAUUGAAGUGAGACUAAUAUAUCUCAAUUGUUAUUCGUUCAGCGCGUAAAUUUGAAAAUUAUUUAAAAUUAAAUAAAGUAUCUCUUAGAGAAAUGAGAAUUAGUCGACAACAAACUCGUUGGCAAUAACACUAAACUAUAAAAAAUAUAUAAUGGGAAUGGAGAUUAUGAAGAAAGAAAAUAUUGUUGAACACACGUGAAUAUUUAUCUAUACUACUUUAUUUAUUGCAUUCUGAAACGUAUGUACUCAAACACCGUGUAAUUUAUCUUGAAAGAUUGAAAGAAAGUGAUAUUUUAACAACA